CGCACUCCUGGAGAUAGACGCUCAAGCCUGACGCCUCUGAAAAGGCAGCAGCAGUCGCCUUAUCCGUAGACCUCAGGAAAUUCUCUUUGACCGAUGCAUGCUUCAGGCUCUGGCUCGAGCUAAGGGGAAUAACCGGGCAGAUUUCUGGGUCCUUAUAAAAGGACCAUAUAAAACCAAAAUGCAUCGCCAUCACACAACCAAUUGAUAUGCUGGCAUCUUAGCUUGGCCUUGCUGAGGAGGAGGAAAAAGAAGAGGAGCUGUUGUAAUUUCCACAUCUAACAGCUUCUGGCUGUUUCACAACUUGUGGGUUUGAGGCCUGUUCUUGGGGAGGUUUAAAAGAGAAGUGCAAUCCAGCCUGGCAGGCCAUGCACAAGGAAUUUGGCUUAGGCUGCAGUGGUGCUGAAGUCCUUGAUAUGACAGAAGAAGCAGGUCUUUGAAGCUACUUUGGGGUUAAUAAGUGGUGCCCUCAAGAGGCAAAGAAUCCCCCUCUCUGGUUUGGGACACUGCAUCUGGAAGGGAAACACUGAGGCAGUCACAAGCAUCCAAGGAUAUUGGUUCAUUGCCUGCUUCUUGCGAUUCCUUGAGAAAGGUGGGUGCUUCUCAUUGACUGUAACUGCUUCCCUUUUGUCUGGUACCACACUGGAGGUACCUGACAUUUGGAGGAGUGAAGUAUCUGUCAACACCAUAGAUGCCCUUAAACUAGAUCACCUGCUGCAAAUGGAUCAGUGAUUUUCCUUGAUCUUCUGUUGACGCUUUUUUCAGAACGUUGCCUCCAAAGUGUAUCCUCCCUUUGGUCUGGAAGUUCUGUUGCUGCCCUGUACCACUGGGGUCUACGUUUUCCAGUCGGAAGGGGACUAUAAGGAGAAAGGUAAGGGUUGUUGGAAGAGGAGAAGAAGAAAAAAAAGAGCUAGUGGAGGGCGCAACGCUCCCACUCGGGCCUAUACCYUUGUCCUACUUGCCCUUGGGACCCUUAUUUCUUCAUCACGGUGUCCAGGACCAUUUUGACCCUGUCGGCCCCGGCACCCCCCCGCCGCACCCCAGCCCCGAGCAUGGGGACGGCGCUUCUCCAGCGCGGGGGUUGCUUUCUGCUAUGCCUCUCGCUGCUGCUCCUGGGCUGCUGGGCAGAGCUGGGCAGCGGGCUGGAGUUCCCGGGGGCUGAGGGCCAGUGGACGCGCUUCCCCAAGUGGAAUGCCUGCUGCGAGAGCGAGAUGAGCUUCCAGCUCAAGACGCGCAGCGCCCGUGGCCUGGUCCUCUACUUCGACGACGAGGGCUUCUGCGACUUUCUGGAGCUGAUCCUCACCCGUGGUGGCCGCCUGCARCUCAGCUUCUCCAUUUUCUGUGCCGAGCCCGCCACGCUACUGGCCGACACUCCGGUCAACGAYGGCGCCUGGCACCACGUGCGCAUCCGUCGCCAAUUCCGAAACACCACGCUCUUCAUCGACCAGGUGGAGGCCAAGUGGGUGGAAGUGAAGUCCAAGCGCAGGGACAUGACGGUGUUCAGUGGCCUCUUCGUGGGUGGACUGCCCCCGGAACUGCGGGCCGCGGCACUCAARCUCACAUUGGCCUCCGUGAGGGAGCGCGAGCCCUUCAAAGGGUGGAUUCGCGACGUGAGGGUCAAUUCCUCCCAGGCCCUGCCCGUGGACAGCGGGGAGGUGAAGCUGGACGAUGAACCGCCCAACAGCGGCGGUGGGAGCCCGUGCGARGCUGGCGAGGAGGGCGAGGGCGGGGUGUGCCUCAAUGGAGGCGUGUGCUCGGUGGUGGACGACCAGGCGGUGUGCGACUGCUCGAGGACCGGCUUCCGUGGCAAGGACUGCAGCCAAGAAGACAACAAUGUGGAAGGUCUGGCGCACCUGAUGAUGGGCGACCAAGGUAAAAGUAAAGGAAAAGAAGAAUACAUUGCCACUUUCAAGGGAUCUGAAUACUUCUGCUACGACUUGUCUCAAAACCCCAUUCAAAGCAGCAGCGAUGAAAUAACUCUGUCCUUUAAAACCCUUCAGAGGAAUGGACUCAUGCUUCACACCGGGAAAUCAGCAGAUUAUGUCAAUCUUGCCCUGAAAAAUGGAGCUGUCUCUCUGGUCAUUAAUUUGGGAUCAGGGGCCUUUGAAGCACUAGUGGAGCCCGUGAAUGGAAAGUUUAAUGAUAAUGCCUGGCAUGAUGUGAAAGUCACCAGGAAUCUGCGUCAGCACUCAGGCAUUGGACACGCUAUGGUGACAAUAUCAGUGGAUGGGAUUCUUACCACAACGGGCUACACGCAAGAAGAUUAUACCAUGCUGGGUUCUGAUGACUUUUUCUAUGUUGGAGGCAGUCCCAGCACAGCCGACCUCCCAGGGUCACCAGUCAGUAACAACUUUAUGGGCUGUCUCAAAGAGGUUGUAUAUAAAAAUAAUGAUGUAAGGCUGGAAUUAUCUCGACUUGCCAAGCAAGGAGAUCCCAAGAUGAAGAUCCAUGGAGUGGUGGCAUUUAAAUGUGAAAAUGUCGCAACUUUGGACCCAAUCACUUUUGAAACUCCAGAGUCUUUUAUCUCUUUGCCUAAAUGGAAUGCAAAGAAAACAGGCUCCAUAUCCUUUGAUUUCCGUACAACAGAGCCAAAUGGCCUCAUUUUAUUCAGUCAUGGCAAGCCAAGACAUCAAAAAGAUGCCAAGCACCCACAGAUGAUAAAGGUUGACUUCUUUGCCAUUGAGAUGCUGGAUGGCCACCUCUACCUCCUCCUGGACAUGGGGUCAGGUACCAUAAAAAUAAAAGCCCUGCAGAAGAAAGUGAAUGAUGGAGAAUGGUAUCAUGUAGACUUCCAGAGAGAUGGACGGUCAGGUACCAUUUCUGUCAACACACUGCGCACACCCUACACUGCUCCUGGAGAGAGUGAGAUCUUGGACUUGGAUGAUGAAUUGUACCUGGGGGGCUUACCAGAAAAUAAGGCUGGCCUUGUGUUUCCCACCGAGGUGUGGACUGCUCUGCUCAACUACGGCUACGUGGGCUGCAUCAGGGAUUUGUUCAUUGAUGGCCAAAGCAAAGAUAUCCGGCAAAUGGCUGAAGUUCAAAGCACUGCUGGAGUGAAGCCCUCCUGCUCCAGGGAAACAGCAAAACCGUGCCUUAGCAAUCCUUGCAAAAAUAAUGGCAUGUGCAGGGAUGGGUGGAACAGAUAUGUCUGUGAUUGUUCCGGAACAGGCUAUCUUGGCAGGUCCUGUGAGAGAGAGGCCACGGUUUUGAGCUAUGACGGGAGUAUGUUUAUGAAAAUCCAACUCCCGGUGGUGAUGCACACGGAAGCAGAGGACGUGUCCUUACGGUUCCGAUCCCAGCGUGCCUAUGGCAUUCUGAUGGCGACCACGUCCAGAGACUCCGCAGACACCCUCCGCCUGGAGCUGGACGCGGGGCGCGUGAAACUGACGGUCAAUCUAGAUUGUAUCAGGAUUAACUGUAAUUCCAGCAAAGGUCCCGAGACCCUUUUUGCUGGCUAUAACCUCAAUGAUAAUGAGUGGCACACUGUGCGUGUGGUUCGCCGAGGAAAAAGUUUGAAGUUAACGGUGGAUGAUCAACAGGCCAUGACAGGUCAAAUGGCAGGUGACCAUACAAGGCUGGAGUUCCAUAACAUAGAGACUGGCAUCAUCACAGAACGUCGGUAUCUUUCUUCUGUCCCCUCCAACUUCAUUGGACACCUGCAGAGCCUGACAUUUAAUGGAAUGGCAUACAUUGACUUGUGUAAAAAUGGUGACAUCGAUUAUUGUGAGCUCAAUGCCAGAUUUGGCUUCAGGAACAUCAUAGCAGACCCUGUCACAUUCAAGACCAAAUCGAGCUACGUUGCCUUAGCUACCCUGCAGGCCUACACUUCUAUGCAUCUUUUCUUCCAGUUCAAGACUACAUCCCUUGAUGGGUUAAUUCUAUAUAACAGUGGGGAUGGAAAUGACUUUAUCGUAGUUGAAUUAGUUAAAGGGUACUUACAUUAUGUGUUUGAUUUGGGAAAUGGUGCUAACCUCAUCAAAGGGAGUUCUAAUAAACCACUCAAUGACAAUCAGUGGCACAACGUGAUGAUAUCAAGGGACACCAGCAAUCUCCACACUGUAAAGAUUGACACAAAAAUCACAACCCAGAUCACCGCAGGAGCCAGGAAUUUAGACCUGAAGAGUGACUUGUAUAUAGGAGGAGUGGCUAAAGAAACAUACAAAUCCUUGCCAAAACUCGUCCAUGCCAAGGAAGGCUUUCAAGGCUGCCUGGCAUCGGUUGAUUUAAAUGGACGGCUUCCGGACCUCAUCUCAGAUGCUCUUUUCUGCAAUGGACAGAUUGAGAGAGGAUGUGAAGGGCCCAGCACAACCUGCCAAGAGGACUCGUGUUCCAAUCAAGGUGUCUGCUUACAGCAGUGGGAUGGCUUCAGCUGUGACUGUAGCAUGACUUCCUUCAGUGGGCCACUCUGCAAUGACCCUGGGACAACGUAUAUCUUUAGCAAAGGUGGAGGACAAAUCACGUAUAAGUGGCCUCCUAAUGACCGUCCAAGUACGAGAGCAGACAGACUGGCCAUAGGGUUUAGCACUGUUCAGAAAGAAGCAGUCCUGGUACGAGUGGACAGUUCUUCAGGCUUGGGGGACUACCUAGAACUGCAUAUACACCAAGGAAAAAUUGGAGUUAAGUUUAAUGUCGGGACAGAUGACAUCGCUAUUGAAGAGUCCAAUGCAAUCAUUAAUGAUGGGAAGUACCAUGUGGUCCGUUUCACGAGGAGUGGUGGCAAUGCCACGUUACAGGUGGACAGCUGGCCAGUGAUCGAGCGCUACCCAGCAGGAAACAAUGAUAACGAGCGCCUGGCGAUUGCUAGACAGCGAAUUCCAUAUCGACUUGGUCGAGUAGUUGAUGAAUGGCUACUCGACAAAGGGCGUCAGCUCACAAUCUUCAAUAGCCAAGCAACCAUAAUAAUUGGYGGGAAAGAGCAGGGCCAGCCCUUCCAGGGCCAGCUCUCUGGGCUUUACUACAAUGGCUUGAAAGUUCUGAAUAUGGCAGCCGAAAACGAUGCCAACAUCGCCAUAGUGGGAAAUGUGAGACUGGUUGGUGAAGUGCCUUCCUCUAUGACAACUGAGUCGACAGCCACUGCCAUGCAGUCAGAGAUGUCCACAUCAAUUAUGGAGACCACCACGACCCUGGCGACUAGCACAGCUAGAAGAGGAAAGCCACCUACGAAAGAACCCAUCAGCCAGACCACAGAUGACAUCCUUGUGGCCUCAGCAGAGUGUCCCAGCGAUGAUGAGGACAUUGACCCCUGUGAGCCGAGCUCAGCCAACCCCACCCGAGUAGGAGGGAGAGAGCCGUAUCCAGGCUCUGCAGAAGUGAUCCGGGAGUCCAGCAGUACCACGGGCAUGGUCGUCGGGAUAGUAGCUGCAGCUGCCCUAUGCAUCCUCAUCCUCCUCUAUGCCAUGUACAAGUACAGGAACCGGGAUGAAGGCUCAUACCAUGUGGAUGAGAGUCGAAACUACAUCAGUAACUCAGCACAGUCUAACGGGGCUGUGGUAAAGGAGAAACAACCCAGCAGUGCGAAAAGCGCCAACAAAAAUAAGAAAAACAAGGAUAAAGAGUAUUACGUCUGAUCCCAAGAUCUUAA